GUAGUAUAUGUAACAAGAAUUUUUCAUAUAUUAAUCACAUGAUGAAACACAGUAGUGUUCACACAGAGGAGAAACCUUUUUCUUGUAGUAUAUGUAACAAGAGCUUUUCUCAAAAAAGGUAUCUAACUGAUCACAGUCAUGUUCACAGUAAUGAGAAACCUUAUUCUUGUAGUUUAUGUGAUAAAAGUUUUUUGAAACGAGAUCAUCUGAAUCAACACAAUCGUGUUCACACUGGUGAGAAACCUUAUUCUUGUAGCAUAUGUAAUAAGAGUUUUUCAAACAGAAGUAAUCUGUUUGAACACAAACGUGUUCACACUGGUGAGAAACCUUAUUCUUGCAGUAUAUGUAAUAAGAGUUUUUCAUGCAGAAGUAGUCGUACUCAACACAGUUAUGUUCAUACUGGUGAGAAACCUUUCUCAUGUAGUAUGUGUAAUAAGAGUUUCUCACAUCAAAGUUAUCUAAAAAGACACUUUCGUGUUCACACUGGUGAGAAACCUUAUCUGUGUAGCUUAUGUAAUAAGAGUUUUUCAUACAACAGUAGUCUGACUGAGCACUUUCGUGUUCAUACUAGAGAGAAGCGUUAUUCUUGUUGUAUAUGUAAUAAGAAUUUUUCACGCAACAGUAAUCUGAUAAGACACAGCAUUGUUCAUACUAGUGAAAAACCUGAUUCUUGUAAUUAAUUCUUAGUCCUGUAUUCAUCGUUGACACUGACCUAACACGAAACACCCAGUAACAGAACCCUGGUUUGGAAAUAAUGAUUUAUUUUUGGACUAGGGGUUUCGCAACUCGCUGUUAACUUGCAUUCCGGUGGUAGAUUUACAGCCUUAUUAACAGUUUGUUUUUAAUUUUCAUUGCUAUUUUUGAAACAAAUUUUCUAUGAAAGAAUGAAAUAAAAGAUUGCAUUGAGUAAUUAAAUUUGAAUCUCUCUUUUACUGGACUAAUGAAAAAAAUUUUAAGUUUUGUUUUCCUAACUGACUUGUAUUGAAGAGCAAAGGGAUCUAAGUGUGUAUUAUUAUUAUGAACAGGGUUGGGGUUUUGGCCAUCCUAAACUGGUUUUGGACAGGACACUUGGGUUUACUGUCCUAAACUGACUAAAAUUGUCUUAAAGUGUCCAAAACCUUAAACUUUGGUAAAAGGUAAAGAAUCUAUAAGUGUAACCAUUGCACACAUAAUAAUAUCAAUAAAUAUUUGAUAUUUUUUAUGCAA